AUGGCGACAAUAAAGACAUCGGAAUUGAAACCUUGUUUAUCCGAGGUUAUGGAUGAAUUACAGAGCCGAUUUCUUGUUAAUUUGCCCGCGUCUGAAUUGGUUUCGAGUGAACGCCUUUUUUUCCAAAUCGAGCAGUGUUUUUGGUUCUACGAGGAUUUUUAUGCUGAUCAGUACGCUCAUUUGCAGCAUGUCAAGUUAAACGAUUUUGCUCGUAAAUUGUUUGCGCAUUGUCCUCUGUUGCGACCGCUUGCACAUCGUUGCGACGAAUUGUUUCAAGACUUUAAAGCGUAUCAGCGACAGGUGCCAGUAGUGGGUUGUAUUUUACUCAAUUCAGCGCGUACGAAGCUUGUGCUCGUGCGCAACUGGAAAGGUACAAGCUGGACAUUUCCACGUGGAAAAGUGAAUGAAGGAGAGUCUGAUAUUGACUGUGCACGACGAGAAGUGCUUGAAGAGUGUGGCUAUGACGUAGGAGACGGUCUUGCACCACAACAGUUUUUGGAAUUUGUGGCAAACGAUCAACGGAUGCGCAUGUAUAUGUGUACUAAUGUACCGGAGGACUAUGCUUUUGCACCACAGACACGUAAAGAGAUCAGCACGAUCAAGUGGUUUGCAUUUGAUGCUUUACCUAAGAAAACGUGGAGUGUCAUGCCAUUUAUGGCAAGGCUUAAACGCUGGGUCAAAGCACAAAAGACGAAGAAAAAGAGUAGUCUUAUUGCUAACACUAGCAGCAUAGGCCGUGCAGCUUCUGUGCCACGACAUCGUCCGCUGACGUUAAUCACAAAAGGAAAUACACAGCAGAACUUUGAAAGUGGUCAGAAGAAAAAUCGAUUGAACGAACGAUCAGUCUCGACGCCUCACAAUGACAGACCAUCUUCUACUGGCUCGAGGAAAACGAACCGCGGACACUUUGGUACGGAAUUUGACACAGCUACUUCGUACGAUGGCUUGAAUAAAGAAACUUUUGGCAAUGCAAAGGAGGGUUUUAGCGUUGAAGAAAUGUUUACUGUGAACGAGCGUUUGACGGGUCAAAAAUUUGAAUACGAUGGCAACCCGCAUGAUUUUGGAAAGCCAACAGCUCCAUUAAGCACAACGCAAAUGACAACGACUUUCUUAAAGACGAAGGGUUCAACACCGGUGCAGAUACUUGUUCGACCUUCUUCGGCUCCACUUAAUCGUGUGGCUGAGGAAAAAUGUCCAUUGUCUAGUCCGCCACGAAAUGCAAGGUCGACACCUUUUGGAUCUUUUAAAUUUGAUGCUGUGGAUAUUAUGGCCGUCGUGACGUAA